AUGCCUGGGGGUGCUGAGCCUGGGGGUGCUGAGCCUGGGGGUGCUGAGCCUGGAGGUGCCGAGCCUGGGGGUGCUGUGCCUAGGGGUGCUGAGCCUGGGGGUGCUGCGUCUGGGGGUGCUGAGCCUGGAGGUGCUGAGCUUGGGGGUGCUGAGCCUGGGGGUGCUGUGCCUGGGGGUGCUUCGUCUCGCCGGGAGCCACUCUCCCCACAGGAGCUGCGUGAGUGGUUUGCCAGGCGCUGGAGAUGUGCUGCUGGUGCUGGUGGUUCUUCGGCUGCAGAGGGUACUGCUGCCUCGCGUCCCGCCGGUGCUCGUACUGUGGGUGCUGGAGCUGCAGGGUCUGAGAGUUCUCCUGGAGCUGGUACUGCUGAGGGUGUUGGCGCUGAGCCUGCCGUUGGCGGUCCGACUGACAGUGCUCCUGGUGCUGCUGCUGGAGGUUCUGGAGCUUCUGGUGGUGCUGCUGGAGGUGCUGCUGGAGUGGGUACUCCUGCCGGGGCUGCUGGUGCUGUUCCUGCUGUUUCUAGUGUCGCUGCGCGGCCCCGACCGUACUUCGUUGCGCUCCUGCAGCAGGUUCUUGGUCUUCCGCCUCCUCCUCCUCCUCCCUUAGAGGGUCCGCAGCCUGUCCGGUCACAGCCACAGCUACAGCCUGCCUCCCCUUUGCCUGCUCCUUCUCCCUACACUGGUCCGACUGGAGGUCUUACUGAGCGUCGUGAGCCUGCGUCUCGUCUUGUGUCGCCUGUUCGUACUGAGCGCGCUAGUGGUCGCGGGUCGCGUCAGCGUCCUCCUCCUGUCCCUGGCACGCACCGGAUGUCACUGCGUCCGUCCACUGCUCCUCUGCGUGCCCCUUUGCCUUCUCCUCCUGCUUCCUCUCUUCCUGCUCUUGCCGACCCUGAGUCGGACUCUCUUCGUGCUGCCAGUCCUACUGUCACGCGUCUCCUUGCUACAGCUGUCAGUGACCCUUCCUUCGAGUCGUCUGCUGCGUCUGCCCUUGUCACUGAGCUUGUCGACUUUGCUGCGCGCUGUCGUCUAGACUACGCUGCUCGUCUUGUCACUGAGUCUGAGUCCGCCUGUCCUCCGUCCGUCGGGGGUGAGUGUGCCCUUGGCACGGACGUCCUUGAGGACAGGCAGGAGAAGUUCCAGUGUCUGGCCGCCGCUUCACCUCGUCUCGCGUCUGUAAUGCUAGCCCCUGAGGGAGACCCGGAUGCACCAGACAUCCCGACUCCGCGCUCUUACGCGGAGGCGAUAGAGGGUCCCUACUCCUCUCAGUGGCAGGUAGCUAUGGAUGCAGAGAUGGCUUCCUGGAAGUCCACAGGCACCUACGUUGACGCUGUUCCCCCUCCUGGGGCGAACAUCGUCAGUGGCAUGUGGAUUUUCAGGGUGAAGCGGCCGCCGGGUUCUCCGCCUGUCUUCAAGGCGCGUUACGUGGCUCGUGGCUUCAGUCAGCGGCAGGGGGUUGACUACUUUCAGACCUUCUCCCCCACCCCGAAGAUGACCACUCUUCGGGUUCUGCUGCACGUUGCUGCUCACCGUGACUACGAGCUGCACUCUCUCGACUUCAGCACAGCUUUCUUGCAGGGCAGCCUGCACGAGGAGAUCUGGCUGCUCUACGGUCUCCGCCAGGCGCCACGUGAGUGGCACGACACACUGAGGACUACGCUCGCGGCACUUGGGUUUGCUCCUUCUACUGCCGACCCGUCGCUGUUUCUGCGCACCGACACCUCUCUGCCGCCGUUCUACAUCCUCGUGUACGUCGACGACUUGGUCUUUGCCACAGCUGACACUGCUGGACUCGCCUACGUGAAGUCCGAGCUGCUGAAGAGACACACGUGCACUGACCUGGGUGAACUGCGCAGCUACCUUGGCUUGCAGAUCACCCGGGACAGAGCACCCCGCACCAUUACCCUGACUCAGUCACACAUGGUGCAGCAGGUCCUUCAGCGCUUCGGCUUCACGUACUCCUCGCCUCAGGCCACUCCCUCUGCCUACUCGCCACUCGCUCUCAGCUCUGCCUUCGGAUGA